AGCAGUAUGCAAGCAGCAUGCAAGAAGUGUUCAGAAGAGAUUCAGAGCAUUCGAGUUGCUAAGCUAGAGCAUACAGCAAGCAAGCAGUAUCGAGCAAGCAGUAUACAAGCAGCAUGCGAGAAGCAUUCAGAAGAGAUUCAGAGCAUUCGAGUUGCUAAGCUAGAGCAAACAGCAAGCAAGCAGUAUGCAAGCAGCGUGCAAGAAGCAUUCAGAAGAGAUUCAGAGCAUUCGAGUUGCUAA